GGUAGGGGGUGUGCAUAGGCAGAAAUCAACCUCUGCUUAAAAAUUUUUUUUACGCUAAGUUUUAUUUUUCUACAAAACUCCGUGUUUAUUACCCAGUGGAUCAUAACUUUUAUCAUUAAAGACAACACGCUUUCAAGAUGAUUGAUACAGUGACGGGAGCUGGAGUGCAGUCCUCUGCAGCUCAGCUGAAGACCCUGAUAGAUCUGGAGGCCAGAUACCAACCAAAGCUGAGCGGAUUGAGGCUCAUUGAGUGUGCCCAGGACAAUGGCCUAAGGAUGACUGCAAAACUCAGAGAGCUGGAGGUGAAAGACCUGCUCUCUCUUUCCAGGUUCUUUGGUUUUAGCGCAGAGACCUUCUCCUUGGCUGUGAGCCUGCUGGAUCGAUUUCUCUCUGUAAUGAAGAUUCAGCCAAAGCACCUCUCCUGUGUUGGUCUUUGCUGCUUCUACAUCGCUAUAAAGUCCUCAGAGGAGGAGAAAAAUGUGCCUCUGGCAAAUGACCUCAUCCGCAUCAGUCAGAAUCGCUUCACUGUGUCUGAUAUGAUGAGGAUGGAGAAGAUCGUCAUGGAGAAAUUAUACUGGAAGGUGAAAGCCCCCACAACCCUCCACUUUCUUCGACUGAUUCACAGUCAUAUCCAGGAGCAGCUUGACUCUGAGGGCAAAAUGAUCUUAAGUAUCGAGAGACUGGAGUCGCAGCUUAAAGCCUGUCAUUGCUCAUUUGCUUUCUCCAAAAUAAAGCCUUCUUUGCUUGCAAUGGCUCUAGUUUGCUAUGAGGCCCAGGAUCAACAUGACCCUGAACAGAUCGACCAGAUAUCUGAGGCUGUGAAAAGUCUGCAGAAGCUGCUAAAUGUAAGAGAUGGAGACCUGGUUUGUGUGAGGGAGCUUGUUAGAAAGUGUCUGGCUGAAUAUGCCACCACCAAGUGCUUCAAGCCUCACUGUCUGAGACUCCGCUGGACCAUCUCGGGGAGAACCGCUCGUCAGCUGAAGCACAGCUACUACAAGAUCGCCCAUCUUCCCACCAUACCAGAGUCAGCUUGUUAAUGAUGGGGUCCAUAGAUGGGUGACCGUACACACAGAAGGAAGUGAAAACUCUUCUGCUAUUACACCUUUUAUUUUCUGAUUUAGAUCUCAUUUCAGUUUAUGGUCACCCAUUUAUGACCCCCUCCUUAUUUUGCUUCCAGAUCUUCAUUAAUGAUGAUGAAUUUCUGGAAGGAAAAGUAAAAAAGAGAAUUUUUCCUUUUGUCCCAGAAACAAGGAGUAGUGCUUUGUGUGGAAUGUGGAUGUGCUGCCAUCCUGCAAAGUUUUUACUUUCUUCUAAACUUGAUUGCACAGUCUGUUUUGGGAGAAUCCGUACCAGGGUGUUUGGUGUUUCCUGGUAUGGGUUGUUAGUUUUAAGCUACUAAGUAUAGAACCGCCUAGGUCCUCAGUCCACUAUGUGGAAGAGGAGGGAGAAGGAUUUUGUGAACAGCAAAAAUGGAACCAAGAAAUCGGACCCAAAGUCCUUAACUCCCACCCUAGGUUGUUAAACUGUCCUGAAUGCACACUCCUACCCAAGGUGACCUUUUUCUUUUUCUUUUCUUAUGAUGCGGUAAAGGAGCUCUGGCAAAUAGCAAUGAAGUGACCAUCACGUCCCUGCCAGAGCUGAACUGUGAGGAGCGGUUCAGAUGAGAUCUUUUCAUUGAUUUUGGAAUCUUGACAUGGAGCCAUGAGAUUGAACUGAGUUCUGUUUAUGCAGAGAACACUUAAAAGUGGCUGCAGUGGAAAUGUGGGUUGGAAUUCAAAAUGCAUUUUUCUGUUGAGUUUCUUUUAUUGUUUGGCUGAGCUAGUGAUAUCAAAUUGUUCCAAGUUUAAAGUGGUCAAUGGAAUACCAUCUGAUAAACUCAAGAACUCAUACCUUUCAAUAAAGAUUUAUUGAAAAGCUGUA